GCGGGGUGCCGGGCCUCGGGGUGGGAGCCGUGCGUGCGCCGCUGACGCUUGGCAGCGCGGCCACCCCCGAGGAAAUGCGCCGAGACCAAAGUGAGCGUAAUUGGUUAUGAAACAGACGGACCGAACUGCGGUUCGUAACCGCCGGCGGAUGCGCCCGCUUUCCUUAUCCAUCCCCGAAGCGCCCUCGGACAGGUUCAAACUACCCGCGGGCUGCCCGGGUAACAUCGAGCCGGGAGCGUCCCGGCAUCCCGACCCCCAGCACCGACGCGCUGAGCCGCGGCGCCGCUCCGCCACGCCGAACCCCGUCUGAGUCGGGCUGGGAAAGUCACGUCCAGGCUGCGUUCCCUCCGGAUGCAGAGUGGGGAGGGUCGGGUCGGGGCAAAGAGCUGCAGCGGGGGCUCAGCCUGCGCCGUCCGAAGCGUUGCUUUGCACGUAAACCCGGGGUGAAUCCGUGAAGAGCAUCUGUGGGUGAGAUCGGGGCUGUACGCGGCGGUCGUGCAGACUGUGGCACAGAUCCAGCGCUGAUUGAGGGUUGAUUUUCAAGUAUGGAUACGUGAGCAAGUAAGUGUGUGCGUGUGUAAAUAUGUAGAUAGGUAAAUGUAGUGAUGGGAUUUAUGUUCCUCUUCGUUUUUCUUUCUAGUAAUAUUGGGUUUGGCUUUUUUUUCUUGCUCGUUGAUGUGAUUUCUUCUUUACUUGCAAAGUCUCAGCUGAAGGAGAGGACACCCCAGGCUGAGAAGCGCAGGGUUGGUGUGUUCCUUCUCUCCACCCCCCCAAAUUGCAGGGCUGGCAGGAGCUGGAGGCGCUCCUAAUGAGUGCUAAUUGGCAGCAGAGCAGAGAUGCUUGCAGCCUUGGAAAAGCCCAGCCCACCAGAGGAGGGGGUUUUCCAUCACGACGGUCUAGAAGCUCCUUUGGUGGGGUCUAACAGCCCAUGGAACCCUCCCCAGCACCCAGCUGUGCAGGCAGGAGGGAAGCCCUGCCCCAGUCCCCCCACAUUCAGGUGAAUUCCAGCCUAGGCAGUGAGUGGUGAUUGCAAACUGCUUAUUAGCAGGGGUACGAAGUGACCUGUGCAUUACAAGUACUGCAAGUGGAGAGAUGCUAUCAGGUGUUGCAGGGCGACACCUAAUCCCCUCCUCUGGUGCCAUUUUUCACCCUUUUCCUCCAUCCCCCGAUGCUCUCCGUGUUCCCAGACCCAUGGUGUUCUGCUGGUGGUGAUGGGGUACAGCCCUGUGCCUUCACUGCCUUGUUGGGGUUUGUGCUGCUUGACCCCGGAGCUCUGGCUCUGUGCUCUGUCAGUCUGCUGUGUUUAUGAGAAAGGACUUUGCUUUUCCAAGGUCACUCUCCAAGCCUGCAGUCUGCUGGUGCCUGGCCGUUUGCUCAGCCAGCAGUGCAGAACGUGGCUCUGGGGCAGUGACCAGAGGUCCCCAGGCUGUUUUGUUUCUCCACGUGUGAUGGGUUGGCUGCCUUUGGAGAGACCCACUUCCCCAGCCAGGGCUUGUUCUGCUGAUGCAGGCUCUGAUAACACAGGCUGGGGACACGUAAACCUUCCAUCUUCAACCUGUAUUGAAAACUGAAGAGUAGUGGCAUGUAUUAAUUGACACGUGGAAUUGCUCUUGGCUUUGGGGAUCUGAUCCAUGACUUGUGAAGCCUCUAAUAUUUGAUAGGCUGGAUUCCCGUGGUGCCAUAUAGAGUCAUUAAGGUUAGAAAAGCCUUCAGAGAUCCCUAAGCCCAACACAUCCCACCAUGCCCACUGCCCACAUCACUCAGUGCCAGGUGCCCACAGUUCUAGAACACCUCCAGGAAUGGAUAUGCAAAAUGAGUAAGAUUUGGUGCGUUAGGAGUUUUGAUUGAAACUUGGUGAAGGAAGGCACUGAAUGGCACUGAACUUCUACGAGAGCCCCCAGACCUGUGCAGGUCCCUGGGCAGCAGGUGUGCUGGUACCUGUGCCUGUUUGAUUCCGUAAUUGAACGUUAGUUUAAGAAAUGGAUGAGUGAGUGCAAAAAAUGUGUUCUGGGAAAGGGUUUGGGUUGAGUUGGUUGACCUCCAACUCCAUUCCCUGGGCUGCAGCAUUCCCUGUGCUCAUGGGAUUUUGUGUUUAGCAGCCAAAGCUCAGGGCUCAGCCAUGCAGUAGGAGUGGGACCGGAGGGUUUGGCUCCGUGGCUGUUGCUCCUGCAUCCAUCCAGCUCCCAGGGUGUGUAAUGUGUAAACUGACAAACCGUGCUCCAGCAGCUGGAAAACCUGCUGUGAGCCAGCUCCAGAAUGGAGCAAAAGUCCUAAGCGGGAAGGUGACUUUAGAAGUGGAUGUGAUGGGGUUGGUGUUUGUCUGCUAACCUUCGUGUCGCUGCACACAGCCUCGUGGUGUGCUGGGGAAUAGUUGUGCACACCAUGAGAUGACUUCAGGAAUGUGUUCCUGAUCCUAUUGUGGCAUGCUUUUUAUGUCCCAGCCAUUACAAGUGAAUAUCAUGUAAUAUUUUUGAAGGGACGUGAUUUAAUUCUAUCAAAUAGAUGCCGAAAGCUAUCAUCACGUGGAAUAUCCAUUACAAUUAUGAAGAUACAGAGAGCAUUACAAGUAUCCACAUAUGGUUUUUGUAGCUUCUCUGCUAGUUCAGAGAAAAGAUUAUCUCUUUAUUGGCCCAUCAGUCGUGUUAUGAUGGAAGUUCAGUGCUGCUGCUGGUGCUUCUCAGGGUGAAAGCAUCGUGGUUAAUGAAGAUUUGCAGCUCCCAAUGGCUUCGUUUGGGCACCGAGGCACCCAAGCUCCCACUUCCACGUGGAUUGUGCUGUUGGUAGAAAGCUGCCUUUGCCCUGCAGGUCUUACAUGAAUCGUGGGCUUUGGGAAGGGGUCGGGAAGGGCCGCUUUGUGCCAUUCCUCCCCACGGUUGGGAUGAGUCAAACACUGCAAGCUUUGCUGGAAGUCCCCAGCUCUUUGUGGGGCUGCUGACGCCAUGGGAGCUGUGGUGUGGCCCCAUGGAGGCUGGAGGUGUAAAUUAUUUGGAGCCAGUGUUUAAGAAAGCUCUAUAUUUAGUGCCUGCUGCUUAACAUCAGCCUGGCUUACUGCUGGCAACAGGCGCAGCCAUCGCUCUGCUCCCUCCUGCAUACAGCACUAAAAUAUCCAUUGAUUGUCCCUUUUCUGCAUCAUUACUGAUGUCCCUCCUGCUGUGAGGGAGACAUUUUAUUAUUCCCAUUGUUUAAACCUCCUGUCUUUUAUUUUCUAUCUCUCUGCUAACCCCUGAUUUGUUUCUUUGUGCACUUCUGCUCCUGUUUCUGUUUAUCCAACUGCCGAUGCCAGAAGGAGCAUCUUUCCCAAAAAAAGGAGAGCAGAGGAAGGGGUGAAGAAGAGGGGUUACCACGGAAGGUUUGAAAGUGUGAAAAAACAUCACCCAAAAGACAGACUUAACACUGAAUUGCAGUCCUGUGCAUUCGAAGGUGGUGUUGUGAUGCUGGGGACUGUGCCACAGUUUCCAUGUUCCAGGAGCCAUUAGUCCCUUUGCUCAGGAGUGUAGCAGUGUCCAUUUCUCCAUGAGAUGCUCCAUUUGUACCAGGCAACCAUUGCCAUUUGUGUGCUGGCAAAACUCCUGGCCCAGUGCCUUCCUACCAGCCAGGGAGCCAACGUGGGAUGCUGUCGGUCCCCAUCGUGGCAUUUGGGGAGGGGGCUGUGCGGUCCCUGCUGCUCUGGUCCUUGGGGCACAGGGGCAUUGCCUUUCCCCCUGAUUUAUGCCUGCAGGAUGGGAGGAAAGGGGAUGUGUGGAGAGUGUCCAGCUGCUGGAGACUCUGGGAGGAAAAAUGAAUGUAUAUUUUUUCCUUUACUGCACAUUCAUGCUGUCGUAAAUGACUUGGCACCUGGUGGGAAGGGAGUUGCACCCGUCCCGUUGGCUGGCGUUGGUGCCAGCUCAAACACCGCCAGACGUGGCUUUCAUUUCCAUUUGCUGCUGGGCCAUUUUUCCUAUUUGCUCAGAGACAGACAGAGGGAUUGGGGUUUCUGUAGUGCCAGCAGCAGUGGGGAGCAUCCCACCCCGCGCCCCCAGGAUCACAGCAUCCCACCCCAUCCAGCAGGACUGUGCAGAGUCGGAGCUGCGCCAGGUUUGGGCUAUACGUGUUGCUGACACCUUAUGGGAACUGAACGUGUGUUGGAGUAACAGAUGGGUAUUAUUCCAGCUUUGUGAAUGUCUCCCUGAGAUAUUAAAAACACCGGCUGGACCCUAAGUCCCAGCUCUCAUGAAUGGCUCCCUGGAAGUGCUGUCGGGAGCAUUCAGGUGCUGCUUGGCUUUGAUGAAACGAGUAAAUGCCACGAGCGGGUGUUUGCUUUGCCUCCUUCCUCCUACAGAAAGGCUCCCUUUGAGGGAUGGCAAAGCAUCCAGCCCCCAUUCCCUAUCAGAAAACGUCACCAUCCUGCCUUUACAUUGGUUCUUAUGGGGCUCUGUGAUGAACACUCAGUGUCCCACACCAGUGCGGAUGCUCUGUGCCCAUGGCGAUGGCUGACCCCAGGAGAGCCCAGUCCUGCCCACAGAGGUUGUGGGUGCCCCGUCCCUUUUGAGGCCAGGUUGGAUUGGACUUGGGCAACCUGAUCCAGUACCUGAUUUAGUGGUUGGCAGCUAUGCCCACAGUGACGGGUUGGAGCUGGAUGAUCUUUGAGGUCCCUUCCAACCCAAGUCGUCCUAUGAUUCUCCCUUCUGGACACAGCAUUCAGAGGCUGCCGUGGGAUGCGCUCCCCAGAUCAGCUCCUUGGCAGCCCACGCACGUAGGAGCCGUCUUCUGCUAACAGAUUGUGGUGUAUUUAAUGAACCCGAGGAAAAACAAGGAAUCCGAAGGCUGCGGGGCAAUGCAAGUUUGCUGUUCGGUCUGCCAAAUUCAUGCUAAUUCAGACAACUCACAGAUGUUUGGCUCCCUGUGUGUUAAGGAGAUUUAUGUAAGAUGCAGGGCUGGGAAAUUCAUUCCCAGCGUGUCGGAGAGCCGAGCUGGCAGCGGCUGCACACGGGCAAAGGUUUCCUGUCCAUUUCCUUUGUCCAUUCCUUUCCACCAACUUUUCACUGCAACAUGUCCGUUGGUUGCUGGGAGGAUGGGUAAAAGUUCGUCUUCCAGAGCCAGCGAGCUCUGUGAAGGCUUUUUCCCAGCUGAGGAAUGAUGUCCCCUGAGAUAGGGAUGAUGAUCCAGUGGGGACCACAGUGAGGUGUGACCACAGCAGUGGCGUUGCUGGCCCUGUGGUUCUUUCUGCUUUAUGGGUUGGCCACAGGUGAUGCACGUUGUAGGCAGAGACUGCCAGCUGAAAGCAUUCCAAACCCCCAAAAUAUUGUCUGCCUAAUUGAAUUUUUUGGAAUAUCCUGAGCGAUCGUUUUUCUGCUGGAGGCUCUGUGGUCUUACAGCUUUUACUGGUAAGAAUGGAGUGGGAGGAGAAGAUCUCACAAAGUCUGGUUGUUCUCCCUCCAUCAUGGCGUGUACAUCCAGUAUCCCUGCUUUAAAUCCAGACACUUCCAUCACCCUGGUUAUUCAGGGACCACCAGCCUCAAUCAGAUCUCCGGCUCAGCCUUGGAAAAGGGAGAAAUCUGCCUUGCUAAUGGUACCCAAGUCUGACAAUGAUGCUGGAGUUCCAAGAUUCCCUGCAAGAUGCCCAAGCUCUCGCUAGCACUUGGCCGUGCCAUGGUUCUCUGGCUGCCACCAAUGCAUUGCUGUUGAUGUUGAAACCUGGGGGCUCUGGAGCAAGCAAGGCAGGGCUGGCUGAGAGCCUUGGAGGUUUGUCACCCUGGAGCUUUGACAUCCGGCUGUAAGUAGGUGGACGUCGUGCUGCAGAGGUAGGUAUUGAGAUGGGUUUAAAAUGGCCUGAAAUCAUUCACGUUUGAGAAGUGGGUCUGUAAAAAUGGCAUGGUGAGGCCCUGCUUACCAUCUCUGACACGGAGGUUUCAGGUUGGAUAUGGGAAAACGGUGUGAGAAAGAAACAUGAAGUGGUUUAUUUGUUUCUGUUUACUAGAGCAGUGUUCUCCAAGCAGUAAUUGAAAGUAAACCUAGGCUCUGCUGCCUUGUUCAGCAUCCCUGGUUGUUAAGGUUAACAGCUGAGGCAAUUCUCAGUUCAGCAAUUCCUUGACUUUUGGGAGCGUGGCCAACACUCACAGUAUCUCACAGACCAUUGCAAAUUCUUGUCAUAAAUCUCACAAUUGGAAAAAUACAGACAUCGAAAGGUGAGCUGGUUCUUCAGACUGGCAGGCUGGGCUGUGGUGCUGCUUCAGCUGCGCCUAUCCAGAGACCAUCGUUGCUCCAGCUCGCUGAGCUCGCUUGGAAAUACGCUCAGAAUAAGAAGCAAACCCCUAAUAAGCAAUUAGGCAAUGAUAGAAGGUUUUUCUCAAAGAGAACGUGCCAUUUUUACAGUCCUUUUUUCUGAUGAAAAUCAUCUUGGAAUACAAUCAUAGGAUGGCUUGGGUUGGAAGGGCCCUCAGAUAUCAUCCCAUUUCAGCCCUCUGCUUGGGCAGGGCUGCCAGCCCCUAAAUCAGACACAACUCAGGCUGCUCAGGGUCCCAUCCAACCUGGCCUAGGGCACCUCCAGAGUUGGGGCAUCCUUUAGAGGGUGUGUUGAAUGGCUCGCGUGGCACCAUGCAGAAUUAAUUGUUGGUGGUAUUUCCUACCAAGGUGGCUGGGACCUGGGGAUGGCUCCUCUUGCCAUUACUUGCUGUCAUGCAUGAGAUCCAUGCAGCAGACUGGACAGUGCGCAGUCGCUGCGUGCAUCCAGUUACCCCUCCGUGCCAGCAGUCCCCUAUUUCAUGUUUGCUCUUUGCAAUGACUAAUUUUGCUCUCUUCUCUUCCUUUUCAGUUGCCAGGGAGGAAAAGGCAAAGUCACAGCCAGCGCUGCUUUCUUCAAGCUGAGAUGUUGAGACAAAGCACCUCUGACCCUGUCCUGUCCUUUCUCUUCGUCCCCUUCCGCCGUUUGUUUGUGAGGGAGUCCUUCCCCUGCCACUCCUAUUCCGGAGCCGCCGGCCGCAGCCCCCGCUGCUCUCAGCCCUUCUGAGGGAAAAUGCACUGAAAUGGGAGCUUGGCCAGAGCAUGGCUGACAGCGACCUUUGCCUGGACUCUGAUGGACUCCAACGCAGGACUGCAUUACCAUGGUGAUGAUCUUAACCAAAACUCGGGAAAACAAAGGUGCUGACUCUGUAACAUGCAGGACUGAGCUGCACACUCCAAAGAUGAGUCAAGGACCUACCCUCUUCUCUUGUGGCAUUAUGGAAAAUGACAGAUGGGGAGACCUCAGCAGGAAAUGUCCACUGCAGAUCGAGCAGCCGGGCACCAGCAUCUGGGACUGCCUGGCCGACAAGGGCGAGGAGGGCACGCUGUGGCCACGGGAAGCCACCAGCACCUGCUCGGUGACCAACCUCAUCAAAGAGCUCAGCCUCAGUGAUCCUCACAGCAACCCAUCGGCGCCGCCCAGCAAGCGCCAGUGCCGCUCGCUGUCUUUUUCGGAUGAAAUGUCCAGCUGUAGGACAUCAUGGAGACCUUUGGGCUCCAAGGUCUGGACGCCAGUUGAGAAGAGGCGGUGUUACAGCGGGGGGAGCGUCCAGCGCUACUCCAACGGCUCGGCCACCAUGCAGAGGAGCUCCAGCUUC